GCGGGCGGGCGGCGUGAUGGGUUGCGGGAACUCCACUGCCACCAGCGGGGGUGCGGGCCGAGGUCCAACGGGAGCGGUUAAAGAUGCGACAGAAGACUCGAUAACCGACGAUGACAAGAGGAGAAACUAUGGAGGAGUGUAUGUUGGCCUGCCCUCUGAAGCUGCCAAUAUGGUGUCUAGCCAGGCAAAGACAGUGCGGAAAAAGGAAGAUAACGCCAUGUCUGGAUACUCAAGAGCUUGCACAUGAAUUUGGAAGGAAUUUGGCUCCAGGGACAUUGUAUCUUCAAACACAUUCUGAAAGGUUGUCCCCUGCGCUCCCAAAUCCUAACUGUGUAGUUAAAGCCAUGGGUACAUACUGAAUGUUGUGUCACAGAAGGAAAUGGGUGAGACUCUGCUCACCGGGGGCCACUCUGUGUCCCCAUAAAGGCGUUGCUACCCAGCCUGGGCUUCCAGGCCUCAUACGCCGUUUCCAUCCUGGCCAUUCAGCACAGUUCACAGAGAUCAUGUCUUUUCACACUGAUACUCUUGAUAGUUUUUAUAUAACGCGAUCCUUACUGUAUUUAUAACGUGACAUUAGGACCAUGGAAAGGAAUUACCUGAAGUAAUUUAUUGCCCCUUGUCCCUUGAUGUUUCUACUUUGUGUGUGUUGUUGUUGUUUGUUUUUUUAAGCUGUGAAGUUGGUAAAUGGAGUCUUACAAUUGUCUCCCUUUCUUACUACUUGGCUUAAAAUUUUUAUUUAAAUGUAAGAGGAUUCCCGCGGUUGAGAGCAUUGCAGUAUUUGGAAAUGAACUGGUUAAAUUUGCAUGCUAUCCACACGUGGGGAUUAAUUCCUGUUUUCUUUAGUCAGAGGCUUACACGGCUACAGAUGUUCUCCAGCUGCCCAGUUGUCCAUUCUCCUUGUGUGUGAUCAGAGCAUCUCGUAAAGUUCAUUCCGUACUGCCUCUUAGGACUCACGGGUGAUGCUUAGUGGGGUAUGUGGAAAGUUCUUAUUUUGCUAACAACCUGUGUACCUACUUAUUUUGCUAACAACAUGUGUACCUACUAUGAGUGCAGUGUAAGUAACUCAGUUUAUCAAUGUACUUCAACAAUUAAAUAUUUUUAUCCCCCUUA